AUGGGUAAGUAAUUACUAUUCAUUAUACGUUCAGUGUUUUCAUGAUAUAUUAAUGCUUGUUUUGUAAUUAUUCUGUAUUUAAAUAUAAGUACAGAAGAUGAAAAUUUAUUCAUUCGCAUAGGGCCGAUCAUAAAAAUCAUAACUGUUUUCAAUUGUUAGCAUAUUGAAUAAGUCGGUCUUUAUGGGUAACCCUGAAUUUCAUAUGUAUUAUUAAAAAUCGACACAGAAAAUCUUGACUAUCUAUUGACUGGUGAGUUGGGUGUAAUGAAAUUAAAAUUUUUGAUGUAUGAUUUCGAAAUUAAUUAUUUUAAACUUGAAUAUUUAAUUUAAAAAAUAAAUUUAGAAGCACGUUACUGACGUUACCUACUGUAAUAACUAAUAAAUACAAAAUAAAUAAAACAAACUGUUUUCACGUUAAUUUAAUUUAUUGACACGGCAUCCUAAUCGUAGAUUAAAACAAAUUAAGGUUAAUUAAAAGAUUAAGAAAAAUAGAUAAACGACCAGUGUUUGAAAUGAAGGGAGACGUGGGAGGACGGAGUACCUCUUUCUUUUUAAAAAAUAUAACGUACCCCUUCUAUUUUUUCUUAGGGAGUCGCCGAGGACGGGACUUGAGAAACUUGUUUUUCUGUUUUAUUGAACUAAUGCUAAUUAAAAACGUUAUUAAUUAUUUUAAUUUAGGUAUUUAAAUAAUUUUUUUAAAAUUAGUUGUUUCAAAAAAGAUAUUAAAAUAUUUGAUUUUGAUAAGAUCAAUAAAUGUGUUAAUUAUGGUAUGUAAAUUAUCGCCGUCGAGUCGUAAAUUCGUAACUGUAGAGUACCUAAUUGAUGGUCGUGGUUACCUCACUUAAGCAUCUAGCCAUGAAAGAUCGACAACGCAACACGUCACGGUCUAUAUUUAUACGGAUUUCGGACGAUAGUAAAGUUGUUGACUGUUCUGUAUUAUCGAUUCAAAACCAUAUUCGUCACAUUUAAAACGUGGUUGUAAAGCGCUUUGUAAUUACGUUUGAAUGAAUUGAAUAUAAUAUAAUAUUGUGUUUUGUGUACAGUGGUAUCGAGUGCGUGCCAUUUUACCAUAUCGGUACCAUGUGUCCCCAGACUAAAACGGUUUCGAGUUAAUCAGAAAUCGUAGGAAAAUAAUAAAUCGUGUUAAGCUGCGUACACAUGUGCGAGCCAAACCUACCGCGAACCGACAGGCGACAAUUAUUCGGACGGCGUGUCGAACGUCCAAAGAGCCGCCUCGCGCCGCCGAUCCAUCGAGAGUCGGUUUUUUUUUUUUUUUAUUGACGAACACGACGCGAACCCGGUGUAAGUUUGGACUGCGCGUUGACGGGCUCGUCAGUUUUUGACGAGUACGAACGCCACCCGCCGGUAGUUCGGCACCGUAGAUAUUUUUAUUAUUUUUGACACGCAAACGGUUUUUACCCGCGUUCGUCGGAUUAUAUUAUUAUGUUAUACACUCGCGCGAUAGCCGAGUGACCGACGACCGCGGAAACGCGGCUCAGUCAGUCCGCGGUCGUGUACCCGCCACCCGUUACCGUUGUUUAACGUAUCGGUUAUAUGUGCGCAUGUACGUGCUCUCUACAACUUCAGUGAUUCGUUAAUAUUACUGUUUUACGUAUUUUACGUACUGCGUACGCGUUAAUAAUAUUAUUGUAUAUUGAAAAAGUAUACUUCAACCGCGGGUAAAAGAAAUAUACAUUUAUAUUCAUAUUUUUCAACGAAAAACAAAACUGAUGACGCUGAACACAUUUUAGCACAACCAAAACCCAUAGUAAAUAUUUAUUACUUUAUGCUAGAAAACUCCAUGUAAUAAAUACAUUUUUUUUUUUUAACGAAUUGCAGAACCUGAGCACAUUUUACUAUUACACAGAUUACUAUUUUUUUGUAAAGGUAAAAGUUAUUGUAAAACCCUUCGAAACUGAUGAAAAAUUAUUAUUAACUCGAGAACCACGAGAUACAUGACAUUUUACUAUUAAUUUAAUUUACUAUACUAAUUUAUGUAACCGGAUACUUUUUAAUUUAUGUUAUAGUAUGUACAUAACAUAAAAUUGUUUUUAUUGUCAUUUUUUUUUUCAUGUAAUAAUUAUUUUUUACUUUGUAACUAUUGUCUCAUAUAUAAUUUUUUAAAGUGUACUGUGACUUGUAAAGUUAUAACAUUAAAAAAAUUAAAAUAAAUGUGUGUGUUCUUUCAAGAAUAAUGUAUGAUGAACCCAUCAUAACCCAUCAUCUGAACUUGCUGACUUGUCGUUGUAGUUACAAGAACGAAGUAUGUCAAUUUCAGCUGCAAAUAAUUGUAUAAAAUGUACAAUAUAUAUUGUAUUAACAUCUGAACACAUAGCUUCAUUAGUGUUUAUUAGUUGCGUUGGACCACCUAUUCAAUUUUUUAAACCAAACAACUAUGUAAAGAGUUGGAUUAAACUUGGUAAAAGAAGUGCAGAAGAAACAAUAUAUUAUACAUAUUGUAUUAUAUAUAUAUAUAAUAUUCUUAUCAACAUUUAUGGGUAUUGCAAAUAAUUUAUGCAUUAUAAAAUGAAAAUAUUAGAAUUUACAACAGUUGUUAUUAAAAAAUUAUUGCUAUUAACUAGUUCGGUUAAUAGUGUUGCUUUGUAAACAAUAUAAAUUUCAUAUUAUAGUAAAUUAUAUAUUAUCUUUAAUAAUUUUUGUUGAAUAUUAUUUUUAUUUUACCGUUUUUUUACAAUUUUUUCUUUUUUAUUUUAAAAAUUCCUUGGAAAAUCAAAAUAUGGCCUCCUUAAAAUACUACUCCAGUUAUAUUUCCUUUCAGAAAAAGUGCUACGUUUGAAAUCCGAAGCAAAGUGUAUGGUACAAAAGUUGUUCACAGAUGAAAAAAAAAUAAAAUAAACAUCAUUGUAAAGCCAAUACAUUUUUUUUUUAUGUUAUUUUUAUUUUAGGAGAGAAAAAAAAUGUAAUUCUUCUCUAAGUGGAUGCCCCCUUCAAAGAAAUCACAUUGAAAAAAAAAUUAAUUUUUAAUAGCUCUAUACAAAUCCGUAGAACGUGGUGGGACACCUGUAAAAAUACUGAUUAGCAACUUCAAGUUUUUCAAUGACGUAUAAUUCAAUGAUAAACACUAAUAAAAAUAGAAUUUUAAUAUCCAAAUAAUCCGAAAUUUAAUUAUUAUAAAACAAUAAUUACACCUGCCUGCUAGUUUUUGUUUAUGAUAGUUUUGUAAAUAUUUAUUUAAGAUCAAAGGAACGGUUGUCCGUUAAACAAUAGUCAACAAAUCAAAAACACGUUAUCCUUAUACAGUUACACGCGAACUUUAAUAUUAUGGGGGGAAGUCGUUAAUGUUGUAUUAUAUGAUCCUUGAACUAAACCGCGAAACUGCAACAGAACCAAAGAUCAGUACACCAACAGCCACAGCCGCGGGAAGUAUUAUUAUAUAAUAGUCUAACACGUAAAAUUAUACAUUUUAUCUACAUAUAAAUUAACAAGCGCUUGGAAUUUUUAAAUUUUGCUCAAUUUUCUUGGAUUAUUGCACUAUUUUAAGGUAAGGAUAAAUAUUUAAUUUUAUAAUUCAUAUUUAGUGCAAAAUUAGAAUCUAAACAAAGGACAACAUAGCGUUGUGAUGAAAACCAUGAUAAUUUUUUCCUCGUAAGGUAUCUUUUGUAAAUAAGAUUCUUUUUGUCUGGUAAAUAUCAAAUAAAAAUAUAAUAUUAGAUUUAGGUAGCUUUUUAUAAUAUCUUAUAUUGCUUUUAGUUGGACUGUUUAUGUUCUAUUAGUAUUAUUAAAGAUUUUUUUUUUUUGUAUUAGGUAAGUUCUAAUCUAAAAUACAUAGUUGCAAACUUUAAGACCUAAUUUAUAAUUAAUAUAUACAUAAAAUAACAAUUAAUUAAUAUAUUUUCAUAUCAGUUAUUGGUACUUGAAUCAUAUAAUACACUUCAUUUUUUUAUAUAUUUUAUAUAAUAUUUUUUUCUGAAAAUAACUUUUGUUGUGUUAAAAAACCAUAAUGUAUAUUAGGUUGGUAUAUUUUUGCUUUACAAUCCGUAUCUGGAAAUAUUACUAAGGUGCUAUAUACAACAAAUACAUAUGUUGUGUCUUAUACAUACUGGUGGUGUAGCUAGGACGUUUAUGAGAGGGUUGUGUCAUGAACAUUUAUAACUAAAAUGUAUACUAUAACUAUGAGGAGAUACAGAAAUCCAAAACAAAGUACAUUUUAAAAUUUAGGUCCUUCAUUAUAAAAGAAAACCCUCUCUUAAAAAAAUUGGUCAAUGUGUAUAUUAUUCUACCCAUUUGCCCAUAGCUCAUCUCCAUCUAUAUACAUUUUUUACUUAUCUGUUUACUCUACUAUUACUUUUUCUAUAAUCAACUAUAAAAACUAAUUAGGUGUUUGAAAUCAUAAUGUCAACUCAUUUGGUUUGUGUUUUUAUGAUGAAAAUAUUUUGUAAUUUGAAGAAUUUUAAGUAAACUUAAAAUUAUACAAGUAUAAAUAUUUAAAUUAAUUAUUUUUAAAGUUAAACAUUUAAAUAAAUUAACAAAUACAAAACUUUAUUAAUAUGUCCCCUACAUAUUUAUAUUUAUUUAUUUAUUAUUUAUAAUUUUCAAAGAAAAAAUGUACAAUUGCAUGUACUUAACACUAUUGUUAAGGACAUAGGACAAUGCAUCAAAAAAAGAGUACUGUUCAACGGAAAGUACAAGUAGGUCUGGUCAUCAUAACUAUAACACAUAAUUUGAUUAACAUAUAACAUAAAUAAUAAACGAACGAAUAUUGAGAAUAUGGCAUGUCUCACACUUGAUAUUUUACAUUUUGUUUUGAGUGUAACAUAGUAUUGCAGAAAUGAAAAUAAAAGGUUUGGGCCUUAUACCUCUUUGGGGGUUGAUGUAUCAUACCCUUUGAGAACGCCACUAGUAUAUACAUUUUAUCUAUAUAGGUAUUUUAAAUGUGUUAUCGUUACAAUUGUAGCAGGUAUUUCAACAAGUUCUUUACAACCAAUGUUGCUUAAAGAUAACUUUAAAAUUAUUUGGAUAAGAUAAUAGAUAUUGCGUUAAUAAUUUAUCUAGGUAAAAUAAUAGGUAUAAAUAAACAAAUUUCAUCUAGACAAAAUAUAAAAUAACCUCAUUUUAAUCUAGAUAAAACCAAAUAAUUUUUUGAUUUUUAGGUUUUAAGAACUUUCGCAAAAUUUGAAACCUGUGAAAUAGUAAAAUAUAAUUUUAAAUUCAGGUAAACUAAUAAUGUAUUGAGUUCACUAUGAUGUGUGCUUAUUUUUUCUGUCUAUGAGCAACUUUUCUACAAGAUAAAUUGUUUCAAUCAAAAAAUGGCAAGAGAUCUUUUUUGUUGCAUUUUUUGGCAAAUUUGAUGGACAUAUGAUUUUUUUCAAGCAGUUUUCUCAAUAGUUUAGAGAACAUGUAAGAAAAAGGGAUUAGUUAACUGUAUAACGGUUUCAUUAUGUUCAAUUUUGGUUUUUGUUUUAAAUCUGUUAAAAAUAGAACCAUAGAGUCUUGGAAUUUAAUGGUAAUAUUGUCAUAAUAUUCUAGUGAUUUGUUAGUUAUUUAAAAACAUUUAACAUUUUUGAGUUUUUUUUUUAGACAGAAUUAAAAACACUCUUUAUUUUAGUAAAACUCAUGUAUUUUUCGAUACGUUUAGAAUCUAAGAUAUAUCUACGAUUUAUUAUAGUUAUUAUUUAAAUAUUGCCUUGGACCAAAAUCGUAGGCACUGCAUACCUGUUUUGUUAGAUUUCUAUAAUAUAUCCGUGACAUAUAUGAUUAUAUUUUCCCUUAAAUUAUAUAAUUACACAUGUGUAUAAAAGUAAUUAUAAAUUAUAAUAUAAAUUGCAAUAUAUUGAAUAUAACAUUCAAACAUGAAUAGCACUAUAGUUUUACCUAGAGAGAUUGUAAAGAUAAAUACCUAAUUUAUAAUUAUUUAACUAUAGUCUUUCUGUUUACGUAUCAACCAAUUUUGGUUUAAAUAUCACAUAAUGAGUAAAAACACUAAAUUGCCCAACGGAAAAUUGUUAUAACGAAUAAAUAUAGUGCAAUGCAAACAGUGAAAAUUGUAAUGUUUAAAUAAUUAAAGUAAACAAAUAUAGUAAAUAAAUAUAUAUAAAAAAAAUGCAUCUACACAUUUUUUACUAUAUUUAUUUAUUUUAUUUAUUUACGAGUAUUAACCGUUUUAAUAAUUUUGCUUUUACUUUAUUAUUUUAUUAUUUAAAUAAUUCAAAUUGCGCUGUAAUGUUCACCAUACACAAUAAUCAUCGUUGACGACUAUAAUAUCUAAUACCCUAGAUUGACGGUAAAUUUGUCAUCUACAUCUGAAAUUUUGUAACAAGUGGCUCAGCUUUAUAAGUAAAUUACUAAUUAUGGUAGAUUACGAAUAAAAUAAUAUCUGGUAACUCCAAAUAUGUUCUACGUUAUUGUUAAUACUGUUAAUGUAAGUCGAACAAAUUGAAAAAAAAAGAGCUGAUACUGGGGACUGUUGCGACCACUGUUGUUAUAGUUAUGUACUUGGAAGGUGGGAUACAUAAAGUUAUAUUAUGUAUACCUGUAACCAACAAUAAACCAUACUUAACGAAAAACGAUUCGAAGCGAAGUUCGGUUAUACGUGUUUGAAAAGUCAUAAUGUUUACGAUUUUCGUUAAAUUUCGAUUUUAAUACAAAUAAAAAAUACUACAUUACACUUAAUUUUUUUUUUUUUGUCAAAUAACUACAACACAUUAUAGUUAACCUUAUGUAAAAUGUUCAAGCAUUUGUGUUAAGUCUGAUAAUUGUAUCUACAAAGUAUACCUACCAAAUAAAAAUAACUUACAAAAUUCGUAAAAUUGAACUAAAAAUAGCUCGAAAAUCACUUAACAUUUUUAAAAUUUUACUACGUAUAGAAAAAGCAAAUAUAAGUUUUUUUCAAAAUGUUAAGUCUAUAAAUAGUUUUAACUCAUAUAUAUGUGUAUAUAUAAUUUUAUUUCGGAUUUUUCCUAAUUUUUUUGAAAUUCAAAGAAUAAUCUCGCUAAUGCACUAAUUAGACAAAAUUUCCUCUUAGAAAAGAUACUGUACACUAUAAAUUGGAGUAAGAAUUUUUUUUUGGAAAGUUGUUUUGAGUCAGAAAAAUAAAAAUACACACAUCGUAGUAAAACCAAUAGAUCCCUCGCUACGUUCCGAAUCUAAAAUAUUAAACGUAAAGUAUUUUAUAAACUGAUUAUAUUAAAGAUAUAAAAGAAAGAUAAUUUGUAUGCAAUAAAUAAUAAUGUAUUGCAAUCGCGAGAUUUUAUAUGGAUAAGAGAAUAUAAAAUAUAGUACUAAUUGAGAAUGAUAAAUACAUGAUUUUUUAGAUUACAGACGAAGCAAUUAAAUAUCUUGUUUAUUAUUUUUUUUUUUUUCAUAGUUUUGUUUGUAUUGUUUUUGCGUCAACACUCCAGAAAACACUUUUCGGUUCAGUGACCUAGAGUAUUCAUCACUGUAUAUAACAUUUUAUAGACGUACUACGUAUGUAAUAAGCAGGUCUCCGGGCUUAGAGCACUUAAAAUCAUCAAUAAAGACCUUUAAAAACUUCAUUAUAAACCCUGAAAUUAGAAAAUAGAUUUCCUUAUUUCGUGAGCAAUAUGACAUUCAUUUCCAUAGCAUCACGUAUCGUUGCUGAAUUCAAUGUCAUUCAAAACAUAAAAAAAUACUACAAGUCCCGAACCCUGUAAUAAGUUACUAUAAGUAGUAUGUGUACGAGUAAGUAUAUCAUCAGUAUUUUGUUUAAUAAACGGCCCAAGGAAGAUUUUUCAUUUCAAACUGCCUUUUAAACCUUUUUAAAAAAAAUGUAUUAACAUAAAUACAACAGUAUAGGUAGGUAACUUAACAAAUUUCUGGGAAUUACUCCAACCUUCAAAUUAAAUUUAUUAUGUUAUACAUUUUUGUGUAGUCAAUUGGAAUAAACACAAUAAAUUAUAUUAUGCUAUUAUUGUAUUAAUAUAAUAUAGGCACAUGAAUGCAUAAAAUAUAUCUUUUAAAUUAUUAAAACUGCCUGGUAAAAUAAUGUAUUACACAUCUAGGCUGCAAACUGGUUAUAUUAUAUUAUGCAGGAACUGUACUUCAUCAACUCAUCGAUGAAUAAUAUUGUAUUUUUUAUUUUCAAUCGUUUGACAAAAACCCAAUUAAGUAAUUUAAUUAACAUAGUAUAUAUUGUGCUAUAGAUUACGAUCUUUAAAACUAAAAAAUAAAAAUACAUUUUUUUUUCUAUUCAUUUAUUAUUAUAAGAUCAAGUAGGUGGUAUAUGCGCGAGCGACAUACCUUGGCGGGGUUAUUGUUAAUACCGUCUAAUAUUAUGACGGAGAUCUAUCAUCAUAUUAUAUUAAUGAUUUUAUAAUAAUAUAUUAUUAUAUUAUUAGAAAUAGAAAAUUAAAAACUAAUCAUUUUAAUAAAUAAUAGCAAUCGAUUGACGCGAUUAAUAAGGACGUCGAGUAAUUUUUAAAUUCCGAAUCUUUUAAGAUAUUUGUGUGUGGUGUAGGAGAUGUUCUGUAUGGAAAAAUCGGAGCAUUUUUGAAAGUCUUUUCCGAGGUGAAAAAAAUAAAUCUUAGUAAAAUCCAUAGUUUCUUUGCUACACUCAGAAUUUAAAUAUAAUAAUAAUUCUCCAUGAUUAUUGGAUCAACUGAGUUUUAACGGACAAAAAAGAGAAAAAAGACUUUAACGUACGUGGUUAUCAAAAAUAUUACAAACAAUAAAUUAGAAAAUAUAAUCGACUUACAGCUUAACAUGUAGGACAAUAUCGUUUAAGUAUGUAUCAUUUUAUUAAAUCUUAUAAUAAACCCGUUAUCCAUCUGUAAUGCUUUGUAAAUUUACUAUGCCAGCCAAGUAUUAUAAAAAAUCCAUUAAGACCCGUUAUGCUCGUAAGACGGACGUCGAGUCUAUAAAACUAUAGUACCAAUUUAUUCACGAUUAUACUCGUAUUAUAUUUCGCAUAUCUACUUUAUAGUACCUGCUACUAUUUUUUUUUCCAAUUUGCAACAAAUACUAUUUUCCCACUUUAAAUAUAGCAUUAUAAUUUAUUACCUACUUAUCAAUUAGUAUUUAUACAUAACGUAUUUAUUAUUCACUCGAAUGUCAUGGUCACUGGGAAAAACAAAAAGAUUCUACUGCCAGUGGUCAGUAAAGUACAGUACAGCUGUAAUAAAACAAUAAUCGUAUUGUUACGUCAAUUUUGUUUUUAAGACCGUAUACAUCGAUAAAUAAUGCUAUAUAAGUAUAAUAGUACAUUACCGGUAUAACCGCAUUCCUUCUCAAGAAUUGGCGUUCCAGUAAUCUGUGUAUUAUUUUUGGAAUAGGCUUAAUAUGUUUAUAAUGACACACCUUAUAAAAAAAAAAAAAUUGAAAAUAAUAAGUAAAAUGGCUACACCUAUAUUUGACCUUAUAUUUUAAAUCUUAUGUUGUUGAGCGAAGAAGCUAUAUUUUUUAUGUGUACAAAUUAAACUUUUAUUUUUAAUAUUUAAUACUUAUAUUUUCAUAAUGACAAAAACAGAGCUGAUACCUACUGAUUAUGGGUGCGCCACUAUCAGUGUUGAAUUAGGGGGUAUAGCUCCCCUGUUUUUAAUUAAUACCCCCCUACCGGAACAUUUUCUGGAUUCAACACUGGCCACUAUUAUAGGUUGAUAGUUAGUGGGAAAAUAAAAUACACAAAAUGAUUUGAUUUAGAUCUGUAAGCAACGGUAGACCAAUCAUAGCUAACGAAGAACGAUUCUUAGCAAAACUCGGGUACACAUGAUUUUAAAGAAUAUUUACGAAUUUCAUCAAAAUUUAAUCCUAAAACCAUUGUAAAAAAAAAAAAAAAAUAUUACUACACAAUUUUUUUUACCGCUAAGUACCAAAUGAAACAUUUAUUAAAUUUUUAAGUAAUCUCAAAUAAUUAUAUCCACAUAGAAUCAUCCAAAUAAAAACUACGUAAAAAACUUGAAAACAUAAAAUUUCCAUCAAUAGUUCAAAAGUCUGAUCAUGUUAGGAAAAUGCAAAUAUAAAUUUUCUGUUAAAAUUUCAAGUUUCUACGAAUGUUUUUAACUGAAUUACAAUAAAAACAUAAAAUUGAAAAUAAUAAAACCAUUAUUACCGUAAACUUUCCUGAUAUUUCUACAUUUUAUUCUUAUUUACUUUUUGAUUAAAAACUAUUCAAAAAUUGUAAUUCUUAAUCACCGACUAGGUAUAAAUUUUAACAAAAAAUUUUACUUGACGUUCUUCGAUUAGAGCAAUAUUUUUGAUAGAUUUUAAAAAUAUAACAAUGCAAUCGUACGUACGCCAUAAAUUUGUGAGUUUUCAUUUGAGCUUUUUUCCCGGUUUUUUCCAAUUCGAAAAGUUGUUCACAGACAGAAAAAAACUACAAAUAUAAAAAUACAUCAUGGUAAAUCCAAUAGAUCUCUCACUACGCUUUGAAUCUAAAAAUGCUAAUAAUGCGCGAUAUACUUAUAGAUUUAUAAAAAAAAAAAAAAACUAAAAACAAAAAUUGUUAUAGAAAUACUCGAAAAUUUAAUGACACAAUAGAUAAAUGAAAGAUAUCAUAUAUCUAUGUACAGGAUGAUCACUCCAUUUUAGAUUCCGAGCAUAUUGAGGGAGCUAUUGGUUUAAGUAAGGUGCUUAUUUUUUUUCUUUGUUCUUUGUUCUAGUCUGUGGACAUGUUUAAUCCUGGUAAACUUGCUCCGAUUUUUUUGUGUAGCAGAUUUUUCUGAAAGCUCAAGUUGUCUAGAUUGAACUUUAAAAAAAUUAUUCUUUUGGUUUUUGACGCCAUUUUUUUAAAUAAAAGCAUUUAAGUGGAAAAAAACGUUUUCAAAACGUACAAUUUUACGAUUUUAUUAUUUUAUAAAACACGGACGAUGUUUUCUACCGAAAAAAAUGAUUUACACAAAAAAUCACAAGACACCUUUUUUUUGUUGCCUUUUUAAUUAUCUUUCUUAAGGUAUCAUCGCCAAAACUUUUGAGCUUUUAAACAAUUUUAAUUUUUAGGAAUUUUUUUACUGUAAUUCGGUUAUAGAUACAUGUAGAGACUUGAAACUUGAUAAUAAUACUUAUAUUGGACUUACCUAGACGUGAUAAAUAUUCCAAAAUCAUUGAACAACUUUUUAUUUUUUUUUAAUAAGUGUUUUGAAAUUAAAUUUAAACGAAAAACGUAAAAAAAAAUUACGGAAAUUCAAAUUAUGUAUUAACAUAACCUUUCCACCUACAACAAUGGCACACCCAUCAGCAGUUUCAAUACUUUUUACUGCUUUACUAAUUUAAUAUUAUUAUUUAAAAAACACAUGUUGUAUACUUGGAAUAUUGGAAUAUGAGGAAGAUAAGAUAGAGUUUUUUAAUUUAUUAUUGUAUGCAUUGAUAAAUCAUUGCUAUCGAAAAAAGAUUCUGAGUGGAUGUCGAUAAAGCGAUUUUUUAAAAUCAUUUGUGAUACAACACAUAUUAAUUUAUGAAUUGUAUAGUUAAACAUUAUCACCGUCUCCUCUGUUUAUCACCUGUUUAUUACUUCUGCCACCACAUUCAAAUACCAAUCACACCAUCCGGCCGAAUUUCCCCUAUCCAAUGUCACACCAUGUCACGUUACGCGAAAUUACGUGAUUUAUAAAUUUUAAAUGUCUAUGAAUACCUAACUCAAAUGUCUAUAAAAUUCUAAACUAAUUAUUCUGUGAAAAUGUCAGGUUUCUACCGCUAUUAUUUUUUUUAAUCUAAAAUUACGAUACAAAGAGAAAAUCGAAAAUAAUUUAAUCGAAAGUUUUCCCGUUUUCCUGAGAUCUUUUUCAAUUAUUCCCAAUUAAUAGAACAUUUCAAAGAAAAAGAAAAAAAAAAUCGUAUUUAAUGCAUCAAUUUUAAUCCAACAAAAAAGGCUUCUUGAUAAUUUUUGAUCAGAACACGAUUUCAAAUAGAAAAGUUAUUAACAAACACAAAAAAAAAUAUAAUAAUAAUUAUAUACUUACAUCCGUAGUCAAAUUAAUACCUUUAUCGUUCCACUUAAAAUCGAAUUAAUAUAACAUUUGUUGGUUAUUAAUGUAUGCGUAUUUUAAAUAAAUUUAGUUGAACGGGUUCUACAAAAAAUUAAAAAUAUCAAAAUAUCGUACUCCUAAACGAGUAAACAGAAUGAACUUAUGUGUAUUUAUGUUAAUUUUUGCAGUGUACAUAUGUUGAUGUAAAUUAAUAUAUUAUAUUUACAAGCACUGUAUACACAGGUUUUAUUUAAAAUAUGAAUUCUAUACCGUUUAAAUAUCGUGUGUUUGGUUUUUUUAAUAUUUGCAGCAUGGACUUCCUCUGUUUUUAUUUUCUUUAAGAAUCUGAAAAAUGAAUUGGCCAAUUGCCAUCAUACGUAGACAUAUUUUAUAUUCUUUUGUGACAAGUUACUGUAAAAGAAUAUUCAUUAGGUAUUAACAUUUAAAUAGUUGGAUGUGGUUCACAUCAGGAAGGGCUGAUAUAGUUGGUUGGAAGUUUUAAAGUUAUAAAAAAUAGGGUUAUUUUUUUUAUUAAUAUACCAUAAAAACUAUAAAUUGUCAAAAUCAAAAUACGAUUCAGAGGAAAAUUGAAAACUUUACUAUCCUACAAAAAAAAAAUUCUCAUUUUGUAAAAUUAUUUAUGGUUACAAUUUUAAUUUAGACAUGGUAAUUUAUUUUCUAAAAUUGUUUACAAUUUUUGAAAAUAUUUGGUUUUGAUUUUUUUAUUCAUAAACGAAAAUAAUAUGUUUUACUUGAUAAAUUAAUUACAGCAGGUGAAAUUUCUGAUGGUAGACAACCACUGAAUGGUGACACUCCUUUUCUUGUUAUAGAUGAACAGUUUUAUUUAAUUAUAACAAUUAUUUAUUAAAAUUGAAUAAGGAAAAAAUUGGUAUGAUCUGAUGAGUACUGUUUAAGUAUUAUGGUAGAUCAAAAGCAAAAUAAUGUUUUGAAUUUUUAGUUAAAAUUAUUGCAGAAAAUAAUUAAAUAUAUUUGAAUAAAAGUUUUAACUACCAACAGUUUUCUAAGAAUCAACUUUAAAAAGAUUUCCUUGGAUAAUGGGACAGGUACAGCCACAUUUAUAAAUUAUUUUUUUGUAUACCUGUAAGCAAGGAUAAUCCAUUGCCACGAAAAAACGAUUCUAAGUGGACUUCAGCUGAUAAUGAUGUCAUUGUCAACAAUAUGUAUGUCAUAUUAUAGUAAAAUAUUAAAGUAGGCUUUAUUUUUUUUUAACAAUAUUUGUUAAAUGUUGUACCGAUUUCCCUAGUUUUCUGACGUUUAUCUUAUGUUUUAUCCCUGUUUUUCACAUUUACUGGUAAUAUUCUUAGGAAAAUCGAAAUAAUAAUCUCCUUAAAGUAUCUCUUCAGUCAAAUUUAUUUUUAGAAAAAGUGCUAUCGUUGUGAAUCGGAGCAAAAUUGCUGGUAGAAAAGUUUUACUCAGAGAAAAAGGCCAUCAUAUAUUUUUACUAAGAUCUACAUUUCGUAUAUUUUCCGUUUUUUCAACAUUUUAUCCCGGUUUUUUAAAAAAACCACUUGAAAAUUCGAAAAAUGACCUCCCUAAGUUACCACGGAGAUAAUAUUUUCUUUCAGAAAAUAAACUACACUUGAUACAUCGGACCAAGAUUUCUGGUAGAAAAAUUUGCACAGUAAAUCGAAGAGUAUUUCGUGAUUAAAUUGUCCGAGCGAGCAAUGGCUUGAGUCUCUAGAUAUACCUAAAAUGCAUUUGUUUUGUCCUUGAUUAGGUAAUAGGGAAAAAAACAUGCUAAACAUUAUUUUUUUCGAAACCAGGGUUUGAACUCGGGACCCCAAGGAUGUUAAUAAGAACUUAUUAUUAGAUCACGACAAAUAUUCUUCGGAAAUGGCAAUAUAGAGUUAUUUAACAUAACAUAUAAUAUCCAAAUAAUAACAGAAAUUCAAAAAGCUAUAAUUUCGAAACGCUCAAUUCUGACUUCACUGUCGUUCUUAAUUUGGCAAUAUACAUGGUAAAAAAAAAAAAAAAAAAAUUAAAAAUUAGAUAUGUUCUACAUUAUAUUUUACUAAACCAAUUUCGUCAAAACUUGAUAUUAAAAUCCCAUUAAAAAAAAAAAUACUACAUUAAACUUAAUUUUUUUUUUUACCACAAAGUAAGACUUUUAAUGAACCUGCUAUUAAAUUUUCAAGCAUUUCUGUUUAAGCCUAACAGUUUUACCUUUCAAAAAUGAUGCCGCGCGUAAAACCAAUACACUUUUCGCCACACCCAGUAUCUAAAAAUGGUUAUUUUUCGAUUUUUCAAUCUUUUAUUUAAACAAUAAAUUUUAUCCUCGUAAUACUUACUAAACUGUGGGGUUGUGCCAGUAAGUUUAAUUUUGGUAUUUUGGUAUUUUGGUAUAUAUAUUUAAUAUGACGCUAUCAAAAUAUCGUCCUUCGUAUCAUCACUGCAGCCUACCGGUUUGAAUAAAAACGAUGCAACUCAACGCCGUAUGAUACUGUCUACAAUAGCAGAUGAAAUCCAAAAGUUUAAUAGCAAACACGAGAUGAGGCUAAAUCACCUUGUCAAUCCAAAUGGACAUUCAAGUAUUAGACAACUCCGAGGAAAUUUAGACGUUUUAUGCGUCUGAAACCAUGUGACUUAAUUUAGAAUCUAAAUUAAAUGCAGGAGCAUUAUUUUAAAUUGAAUUACAAUAAAAGACAAUGAAACCAUUAAUGCCGUAAACUUUCCCGUUUUUCCUACGUUUUUUUUCCCCAAAUAUUCCUUAUUAGUUAUUAUUUAGAAAACUAGUUGGUAAAUUAACAAUUUACUUUCUCUUCGCACCAACUAGAUCCAAAAUGUAACAAAAAAGUGUUUUGUUUUUUUUUUGAUAUGAACAAUAUUUGUGAAUAAGAAGUUAUUCUCAUAGACGACAGAAAAAAAAGAACACCUUUAUAGUAAAACGAAAAAAAAUACAUUUCUCGUUGCGUUGAGGGUCUUAAACAGUGCAUACUUAUUUAACAAUUAUCGCAAUAUUGCCAAGCUACGAGUACCUAAUAAUAUAUUAUGCGUAUGAUGAUAUAUUAUUACGUAUACAUAUUAUUAUCAUCUAUGUAUUUUACAGAAUAAUGACGAUAAAUAAAUGGUCUUAUGCAAUUAUUAUGUUAUAAUUAUAAUUGUUAACUGGAUUUUUUUUUUUUUUUUUAUUAUUAUUAUUAUUUAAUCAUUUUACGGAAAAAGUAUGAUUACGUAAUUAUUCCAGUUUAUAUUCUAAUCCAGUGGUGGCCAAACUGGUUUUGGUAGAGAUCUUCUAAGAAUAUCAAUUCUGAUUUAUCUAAUAAUUUUAUAAAAAUAAAUUCUAACAAAGCGAGAUUGACAUUGAAAUCGUCCGCGACCUACGAUCGCAAUCGUCUGUUUGACCGCUACUGGUCUAUAAUAAGUAGGUACUCGUACAAAAUAUAAACAACCAUUAACUAUAAUUUAAGAUCGUUACGAAUGUAACUGCAGUGAUACAAGUAUCAAAAUCAUAUUAAACACAUCUACAAUUAUUCGCAUUAAAGUAAAUUUGAAUCAAGAUCAAGUAAAUACGUAGGUAUUACAGCGUUAAGUACUAAGGUUAUUGCAAAAGUAGAAAAAAAAAAAACGAUUUGUAAAUAAUCCGUUUAUACGCAUUAAAUAAUUCUACCUACUGCGACAUUAUAUUCUACUAUUAUAAAAUAAAGCGUGUUAUAAAAAUUAGAUUUUGUAAUUUUUUUUUUAUGGGAUGUCGAUAGCGCACACUUUUGAUGACACAUAAAUUUACUUGUAUCAGUGGGGUUUUAGAGGCUAAACUGGGUGUAUACCCGUUUAUCAUUUGGUGAAUUAUUGCGCACCUGUAAAAAUAUUUUAAAAACGCACGUAUAGACUCGCUCGUGUAUCCUAUUUUUUUUUUUUUUUUUUAAAAAAAAUAUGCAUAUGGCUUGUUUGAGAUUUACAAAUUAAGCAAUUAUUUACUUCACGACAUCACAAUUAACGAUAUGAGAUAAAUUAUUUUUGACCCGUACAAUUAACCUAAAUAUUCGAUGUCUGAGUUCUAGGAUUUUUUAAAAACAUUUCCAUGUUCUGCAACGGAAUGUGAACGAGGGUUCUAUCGUAUGAAUCACGAAUAGUAUUUUUAAUAACAUUCGUUUUACGAUUAAUUUUAAAUAAUAUUCCUAAUUUAAUGUUUAUAAAUUUAAACGGGCCUCCAAUAAGUAUUUGGAAUCUUGAAGACUGUAUAAAAUUGGCUGAUAAAACAUCCAUUUGCCGAAGAUACUAAGUAUAAAAUAGCAAAAAAAAAUGUAGAUUAUACCAUGGACAAUUAAAAGUAGAUUAGAGUUCCUAUAGUAUUUUGUUUUCUGCAACUUAAUAUGUUAUGUUCCUCCUUAAAAUUGUUUACGUUUUUCUUUAUUAACGUUUCAUGUUGUUACUCAUUACAUUAUACUUUUGUAUAUUAUUAUAAGUGGUAUAAUAUACAAAAAGACGUCCUAGGGUAAUAGGAACGGGUGCAUUUAUUGUUAUAUAUAAUUUUAUGUAUAUCUGUAAGCAACGAUAAAUCAUUGCUCACGAAAAAACGAUUCUGAGUGGAGUUCAGUUGAUAAUGAUGCAUUGUCAACAGUAUAUAUGUUAUAUUACAGUAAAAUAAUUAAAUAGCCUUUGUGUAUUUUCUUUAAUAAUAUUUGUUUAAUGUUGUACCGAUUUUCCCAUGUUUUAUCCCGGUUCUUCACAUUUGCUAGAAAAUUCUUAGGAAAAUGACAUUCCUAAAGUACCUCUCUAGUGAAAUUUCCUUUUGGAAACAUUGUUAUCAUUAAAAGUUGGAGCGAAAUUGCUGGUUGAAAAUAAGUUUCUUUGCUCCACUCAGAAUCUAAAAAUAAAUAAAUAUCGAAACAAAAUCGUAGCUUGCAAGAGUAUUAAUAAGUAAUUAUUAUUGAAGUAUGUUGAAAAAGUGCUGUAAUGGUGACGUGAAAGAUGGAGACAUAUGGGGUACAUGUUAGGUUGAGUUCAAUAAUUGCAAUGUCAAUUAUUACUCUUAAAUAUAGAAAAAACUUAAAAAGUUUGUUUCAGUAUUAACUCACGGUUUUUAAUUUGAAAUAUUGGAUCGGUUAUUGAUUUUAUUUAUAUUUUUAUCCGUAAAAUAUAUCGAAUUAUUAUUAACAUAAAAGUUUUUUAAAAUAGCAAAAAAAAAAAGGAAGUAAUAAAUAUUCAUGUUACAAUGCUAUUGUAGGGUUUUAAAAUAAGCACUAUUAUAGGUGUAUAAAUAAAAUAAAUGUUGUCGUUAACUUACCUGGAAUAACUUAGCACGGAGAUUGCAGCCCAAAUAAACAAAACCAGUGGUUUUCUGUAUUAUUUGAUGUUGCAUUUACAAGAAAUAUUUAUUAUGACACAGUAAAGUAUUCGCAUUUACAAUUCAAAAAUGAAUAUUAUAAACGUUAAAUUUAUAAUUUUUAUUUUAUUGCAUUAUUUUAUUUGCAUUAGUAUUAUUCAGUACUACUGUGAUUACUGAUAUGUGAUUUGUGGCAGGAAUACAUAAAAAAAAAUGGUAAUACAUAACACAUGUAGUAAAGUAAACUAUUAAAAUAUUAAAACUAUUCACUCGAAUAGCCUAAAUGAAUCGAAUAUACAAAUUUGGCAAUUGAGAUACAAUUACUAAAAAAUACCUCUACCAUCGUUGAGCACUUGUACCGAUUAAUCUAUAAAACAAAGAAAAAUUUUCUUUAAGUAAUAAUACGUAAUAUAAUUUUAAAAAUACCCGAAUAUUUUUAAGUUAUUUAUUGCUAUUUUAAACUUUCGACUUUUUUCUUUUGGCCAAUGUCCAUACAAUUUAUUGGUUACAUAAAAAUUUGAUAUAAGAUUCAUAGUAAAAUAAACAAAUACUGAAAAUCCAUAAUUUCAACUAUGAAUUCUAAGGCAUUUUUGAAUUUUAAGUUUAUAAUAAAACUCAUUGAAAAUAAUUAAUAGCUAAUUUGGAACAAUUGUAUUAUUAAUAAAAUUGAAACUAAUCGAAAAAUGCUUAACCGAAUUAUACUCAAACAUUUUUUUUUUGUAAAAAUAAAAAUACCAUAUAAUACAUAUUUUUAUUAUUUUUCCAACUUCUCAUCUACAACAGUGCUCUACUCAUAAACAGUAGCCUUAAAUUUAUUUAAAUAUUAUUGUAUAAUUUUUGCAGUUGUUCAAAAAAUAGCGAAAAUUCUAAAGAUGGAAGACGUCAAUCUCACCUCUAAUCAUACAAAUGAUAUUGGCAACAAAGCAGUCAUGAUAAUUGAUGCUUACAAAGCAUACAGCUCAUCGAUUGUUGUACUAAAUGGAUUUAACAUGAACGUGGAGAAAGGGACUAUGUGAUUAUAAAAUAUUUUUUUUAAAAUUAUUUCUAUUAUUUUCUGUAAAACUAUCUGAUUAUUAAUAUGUAUUAUAAAAUAAAAUAUUAAUUUUGUCCAAUAGAUAUGGCUUGUUAGGGCCAAGUGGAUGUGGUAAAACAACAUUGCUCUCUUGUAUAAUCGGGCAAAGUAGAUUAGACGCUGGGCACAUCAAAUUAUCCAUAAAUAAGAAAAAAGAUAUUGGUUAUAUGCCACAAGUAAUUAUAACUUUAAUAAAUUUUAACUAAAUUAAUAAUAUUAAAAGAAAUGAAAAUCAAAUACAUUAAAAUUAACACAAGUACAAGACCCAUUAAAUUUAAAUUGAAAGUAAGGUACCUAAUAAAAAUUGUCUAGCUGAUAUGAUUUUUUUUAAAAAAAAAAGAUAACAUAGUAUAUAAAAUUAGUAUAAUUAUAAUAUUCUACAUUGAAAUUAUACUUAAAUGGAGAAAUGUAUGAACACCUAAUUUUAGUUGUUUGUUGUCUUUCAUUGUUUUUUAAACCCUCUUUUUUUCUCACUAGCUUAAUAAUACCUAAUAUAAUUUUAUGUAAAAUGAAAAUGAAUUUUCAUUCAGGAGUUAGCACUUUACAAUGAAUUUAAUAUAUUGGAAACUCUUCAUUAUUUUGGGUUAUUGUAUGAAAUGUGUUACGAAGAUAUCAUUUCUAAAGGAGAAAAGUUGAUGAAAAUUAUGGAACUCUCGUCAGUUAAAACUCAAUUUGGUUCACUGAGGUAAAUUCAAAAUAUGAUGUAAAAUGUAAAAUUUAAUUUUUAAUUAACAAUGUAUUACCUAUAGCGGCGGGCAACAAAGAAGAUUCUCAUUGUGUGUUACACUUUUGCACGAACCAAGUUUAUUAAUAUUGGACGAACCUACAGUUGGACUUGACCCAAUAAUUAGUGCAAGGUAAUAUUUUUGAAUGAAAUUAUAUUUAACUAAAUUGUAAACGACACACUUAAUUAAGUUUUGUUUUCUAGCAUAUGGGAAUACAUAAAAGAUUUAGCAAACUGUGGUAAAACAAUAAUUAUAACAACUCAUUAUAUUGAAGAAGCACGACAGGCAAAUACGGUAGAUAUUUUUAAUGUGGUUGACGUAUUGUUAAACAAAUUAAACUGUAAACUGAAUUUAGAUAGGUUUAAUGCGAAAAGGUGUUUUGCUAUCUGAAGCAUCUCCAGUAGAAAUUAUGACCUCGUGUAAUGUCGAUACACUCGAGAGUGCAUUCUUAAUAUUAAGUCAAAAUCACAAUGCAGUAAAUACAAACAUGGUAAUAAUAUUAGUUUCUCAUUUAUAUUCCAGCAUAACUAAAUAAUAUAACAAUAAUAUUAUAUCAUUAUAAAUUAGGAUGUCUAUAGAAAAAAAUGCAUUCAUCCAUCAACGACGACAAUUGAAAAGUCAUCAUUUUUUGAGUACACACGUUUCAAAGCCCAAAUGUUGAAAAAUUGGUAUUGGAGCAUCAGGAAUUGGGAGUCAGUAUUAUUAAACUAAAUUAUAUAAUUUAAUAGUAAUAGGUUUAAUAAAACAUCCAUAUCCAAUCAAAUUAAAGAAUGUUAGAAAAAAAUAGAAAUGUUUUACCGUUAAUUAUUAUCUCUCAAAAAAUAAGUUUUGAAUUUAUUCAAACAAAAUAUUCGUCCAUUAAUGACAUUUUUAAUGUAAAUCAGUUUUUCAAAAUCUGAAGUGGUUUCAAUCCUAAAAAUAAAGCGGACAAAAAUACAGUUGUAUAACAUUUUGAAUAGAUUUUUUUCUUACAUUUUCUGAUAAAAAUCAAUUACUAAAAUAACUAAUACUUUCGGAGAUAUUGAUUAUAUUAGAUUAUGCUAAUUAUCAUGUAAAAUAAAUAAUUUAAAACUUUGUGGAGAAUUAAACCGACGUACACAUUUUUACUGGAAAUAUUAUGAAUCUGAAGAUAACAAACUCACAUUGUAGGUAUCAAUAUAUAGUCGUAUGGACAAAUCACGAUUAUUCUUGUAAAUACAAUUUAUAAUCAGUGAUAUAAGGGAUGAAAAUACAUAUAAUAUUGCCCGAUUAAUAAGAGCAUGGCUAGCAUUAUCGAGUUGCUGUAAAUCUCUAUCCACGGCCGUAAUUUAGAGGGUGCCGUUCAAAAGCGCACACUUUCAGUUCAUUAUUGCAAUUUUACAUCGUUCAAUACCGCACACAUUUCAUCUGUUGUUUAAAAUGGAAAUUUGAAAAGUCGAUAAUUCAAAAAUGCACACAUUCGAUUGGCAGUAAAAAUCAUUAUAGGCGAAAUUAUAGACCCAACGUGGUCACUCGUAUGCUACGCUCACUCGGACAAUUUUAUCGAAAAAAAAAACCUUAGAUUUGUUGGGAAAAACCAUGUUUGAUAAGACACAAAGUAAAAUAUGUGCGGUAUUGAACGGUAUCGUUUUGGAAGAACUAUACAUAAAAGUAUGCGGUUAUGACGACCGCCGGGUUCAGACUAAUACUUAUCUUAUGUUUUCUUUUAGAAUCAUCUUUUUCAUUUGUUUUUUGCCGAUUUUCACUGUACUUAUUUUUAAUAUAACUAUUGGACGAACACCAUCUUACCUCCAAAUAGGAAUUGUCAAUAAUGAAAUUCCUUCGCCUUGUCCAUAUGAAUCAAAUAAUAUAUGUGACAAUACAAUUCCAUUGAGUUGCAAGUACAUUCAUGAAAUUGAAAAUCAAGGUUUAAGUUUGGUAAUUAACACAUUAAAUGCAUAUUUUAUAUAAAAAAUAAAUUUAUUCAAUUUAAAUUUUAUUCCUGUAUAAACAAAUUUCUGUAUUAAACACAUCCAGUUAUUAAGGCUUAAAAUAUUUUGUUUCAUUAUCAUUAAGUUGCUUAUCAAUAUAAUUAGUUAUAUUUAUAAUUGAACAUUUUCAGAAAUAUUAUAAUGACGUAAAAUUAGCAGAAGAAGAUUCAAUACGAGGCCAUACUUGGGGUUUCAUGCAAUUUAAACAAAAUUUUACCGACAUGAUCAAAGUAAGAUUUGAUGACGCAAUGGAUAUGAGUGUAGAUGAUUUAGAGAAAUCUUCAAUAUCAAUCAGGAUGGACAUGUCAGGUAAUUUUUAAAUUAAACAUGACGCGCAUACAUUUCAAAUAUUACACAUGUUUUCUGUUUCUCUAUUUCAGACUUUGUGAUCAGCAAACUAAUCGAAGGGAAAUUAUUACUGAGUUAUAGAGAUCUUGCAAUAAAUUUUAAAAGUUGUAAUAAAAAUAGUUCUGUAGUGUCAAUAAUUAGAACAUUACCAUUUAAAGUACGAACAUAUAAUUAUAAAGUUUAUCCUAUUUUGUAAUAUAUUGAAUAUAUUUCCUUUAGUGUGCAAUACAAAAAUAAUAUUAAUAAAACUAAUUACAUAAGUAUAUAUUAUUUUAGAUUAUGCAGCCAGUGCAUGGGUCAUUUAACAUAAAUAUCGUUUUCUAUGGAUCUGCAGCAAUAAUAUCGAUGUAAAUAUAUACUUUUGAUUAUUUUCUUCGAAUAUAUUUGAAUUAAGUGGUUUAUUUUUAAUAAUUAUUCCAAUCUAUUCAAUUCAUAAUUUUAAAAGGACUGGCAUACUUCGCAAAAUUGGUGGGCCACUAUUGUAGGUGAGAAGUUGGGAAAGUAAAGAUGACAUUUAAUGUAUAUCUGUACGUAAUGAUUAAUCAUUGCUAAAGAAAACAAUUUUGAGUGGAUUUCGGUUAUACAUAUUUAAAAAGCUGAAUAUAUUUAAUACAUAUAAUACAUUUCGUAAAUUUUCCCGUUUUUCCUAUUUAUUAUCAUAACUCUUGUUAAAAUUAACAAAUUAUUUCUUAAAUGUACCACUACACGAAGAUUCUGUAUAUCAGUAAAACUGGAGCAUGAUUUCAAGUAGGAAAGUUGUCCCAGAUAAAAAAAUAAUAAAAAUAAUAAAUAUCAUUGUAAAACUAAUAGAUUCCUGGUACAUUAUGGCUCUGUUCAUAAUCUACAAUUUAAAAAAAUACAAAAUACCUAUUUAUAUUAAAAAAUAGGUUGAAAUUUGUCCUUUAUGCAUAAUAAAAACAUUUUUAAUAGUUCCUUAAAUAAUCACAAUCUAAAAUAUUAACUAUUUUAUGUAAUUUAUUAUAUUUGUAAAUUAGCUAUUAGAUAAAUAAUAAUUUGUAGUAUAAUUAUAAUAAUAAUAUGAAAUAAUUUGUAUUAUAAAUAAUUUAGUAGUUAUAAAAAUAAUAACAGCAAUAGUAUAGGUUAUUACAAAUCUGUACCCAUGUAAUUAAACCUUGAAGGAAAUAUUUUAAUUUAUUAAAAUUAUUUUAGUCAGUGUGUUUAAAUAAAGCAUAUGACGAGAAAAAAAAGGGUAUAUGCCUAUCUAUUUUCUCAUCACUAAACACAAGUUAUGAUGAAACUAAUAUUUAAUUUUUUUUCCAAAUUUGUUCUCCAAUUAUUAAGUAAACAACAUUGACAAUUAAAAAAUUACUGUCUAAAUACACGAACUAGUUACAAUUUCCUUUCAGAAAUAUAGUAAUACUAAUACAUUUUUCUCUAUGAUUAGAUUUAUGUACCUAACGUAUAUUAUAACAUAAUAAUAGUACUAUCAAAAUAAAAAUCACCAGAUUAAUCAAGAUGAUUAUAAAUGUGUGAUAUAAAAAAAUAAUUUAUUUUUUUUUUCAAGGUUUUAACACAAUAGUUAAAAUGUUUGUAUUGUUAUAAACGUAUCUACAGACAUGUAAUACGCAUACAUUUUUUAGUACACUGACUUCAAUUUGAUCUAAUAAAAAUAUGUUUUAGAUUGGGACUAUAUUCGACAUUCCUGUUUACAGCAUUAUCGAUUAAUAUGGACAUAAACAGCGGCAUGAUUGAAAGGAGCCUCGCUUCAGGUAACUCAAAAUUAAAUCAAUUGAUUGUAUUCAUAUAAUUUAAAUUGAUUUAUUUAUGUUUGAUCAGGUCUGUCUAUUAGUGAGAUUUUCCUGUCACAAUUUCUGUUACAAUUUGUGAUAAUGCUCUUUCAAAUUGGGUCAAUGUUCAUAUUACAAUUUGUUGUAUUCAAACAUCCAUUUUUAAGUAGUCCGAUUUGGCCUUUUGCACUUGUAUUAUUACAAGGAAUCUGUGGAACAUUUUUAGGUUAGUAAAUUAUUUAGGUACAUAAAUAUUAUUUUUCAACAAGUUAUACUGUAUCGAUAUUAUAUUAUAUUUUCAUUACAUUUAAACAAAUAUUUACUAGAUAUUAGCUAUGGUUUUGUGAAAUUUAUUAGCCAGUGAUUAUAUUACUAUAUUUAUACUUAGUUAUUACUUUUAUAAUAUUUGAUUAGUUGUAAUCUACACUUUAAUACUAUAUUAUCAUCUUAAUCAUUGUUUAAGGUUUUGCGACCAGUGUUACUUUUGAUGAAAGACUGACUACAUUCAUCGGAAUAUGUCUAGUGAUGUCACAAGUGUUCUUGGGUGGUAUGUAUUAUUAUAUCGAACACAUUUACAUGCGCUAUGAAAAACUUUUUAUUAUUUUUAUUUUAGGUAUUAUGUGGCCAUUAGAAAGCAUGCAUUCAAUACUUAAAACAAUUACCGUUUUCUUACCUUUGACCUUGUCUAUCGAAGCACUGCGAUCUAUGAAUGCGAGAAAUUGGGAUAUUUUUCAUCCAACCGUUAUGCAUGGAUUUCAAUCGAUAUUGGGUUGGAUACUUUUCUCAAUUACAAUCACAAUAUUGAGUCUCAAAUUCAAAUCUGUCAUCAAACGGACAAAAUAA